GAUGUAUUGUUUUGUAAAUAGAUUUUUACAUAUUUGUAGGUGCCGUAUGUAAAUAUAUGGUGGUGUAUAUCGAUAUAUACAUCUACUAGUAGUUCAUAUUUCUACAUAUUUAGUACCAUAACCACCGGAUUGUGUCCGGAGACUUUGUAGUUUAUCUACAAUUAUAGAAGUGCAUCGAUAAUACUCGCAAUUCGCGAAGAUGAUAGUGCCUUGUAUUACCAUACGAAACUCGAACUUCACGGGCAUUCCUAAUGACCAAACUAUUGCAGAAAUAGUCAAGAAAUACGGAGUUACAGGCCACCUGGCAUUAGAUGUGGAUGAAGAGAGUAUCCCCCAGGUCUUCGAGCUAGCAAAGGCUACUUCAAGCGUAUUGCGAGUCAAGGGUCCCAUCAGCGAUGUACAGAGUGUAGUGCGACUGUUAGACGGCGGUGUCAACCAGGUAGUUCUCACCCAGGCCAUGAACCUGGAUGCCCUCACAGACAUCCCGCGUGAGAGGCUGGCCUUGGAGCUCAGUGAGUCGGCUAUGGAUAAAAUUAGUGACGACAACCUGGCCAAGUUCGGUACUCUCUUAUUUCACGCCCCUAUCGCCGCCGCACUUGAUGCGCGUCUGAAGGCGUUGUCGAAGUCGUCUGAGUGCUGCGUGUGUGUGGAUGCACCCCACACCCUGACAGCAGACUAUAUCACGGAGGUAUCACUGCAUGGCUACCAAGUACAGGUACCAAUCACCCUAUUCUCCGCAGAGCUGUCGCUGGGCGCUGCCAUUGCGGCGCCGUUGGUGAGUGACCGACAGGAUGGCCUAUUCGCCACAGUGGUGGUAGACGAGUUCGGCAUUGCGCUGGGUCUAGUCUAUUCUAGUAAGGAAAGUAUCGCUGAAUCCGUCAAUACUAUGAGAGGUGUGUACCAGUCCCGUAAGCGAGGACUGUGGUACAAGGGCGAGACAUCCGGGGCAGUGCAGCACCUGAUCUCUAUAUACGCCGACUGUGACAACGAUAGUCUGCGCUUUGUGGUCAAGCAAGCCGGCACAGGCUUCUGUCACCUGGAGACGAGAUCGUGUUUUGGCCAACAGUUUGGUCUAUCCGAGUUAGAACGGAGUAUCAAGUCACGAAAGGAGAAUCUGAACACAGACGAGAAGAGUUACACAAACAGGCUGUUUAAGGACAGGGCCUUGCUCCACGCCAAAAUAGUUGAAGAGGCUGGGGAACUGUGCGAUGCUACAAAGAAAGACGAGAUCUGCUGGGAGGCGGCGGACUUGUUCUACUUCGCAAUGGUCAAGUGUGCGGCUGAGAACGUUGAGCUGAGAGACGUAGAGGCUCACCUGGCACGCCGUCACCUCAAGCUAACGCGCAGACCCGGUAAUGCCAAGGUGCCUCUAACCCCCGUCACCACCGAGCAAGCCCCAGCCAAGAAAGAACCCGCCACGAAUGCCGCAGAUACCACCACAGAUGCCAAAGCGGAGAUCCAAUUGCAACAGCACGUGCUGCAAGGCCUAUCAGAAGACGCUGUUGCGGAUCUGUGCAAGCGCCCGGCGCAGUCCGAGUCUGAGUUCGUGAAGAAGGCCUGUGCAACCAUCAUUGACGAUGUUCGCAAGCGUGGUGAUACGGCCCUUCUGGAGCUGACCGCCAAGUUUGACAAAGUAACACUCGCUUCGCCUGUCAUCGAUGUCGCCUCCACUCCCGCGCCAAAACUGGACCCCGAAGUUCGGGAUGCGAUUGAUCUGGCUUUCAACAAUAUCCAGAAGUUCCACGCCGCCCAGGUUUCGGAGGCACCAUUGUCGGUAGAGACUCAAAAGGGCGUACAAUGCUCACGCUACAGCCGCCCUAUUCAACGCGUUGGUCUGUACGUCCCUGGAGGCACCGCUGUGCUGCCAUCUACAGCACUAAUGCUGGGUGUGCCUGCUAUGGUGGCCGGGUGCUCCACCAUUGUCUUUGCCACCCCACCCACGAUGGACGGCGGAGUGCCCCAUGAGAUCCUGUACAUUGCGCAAAAGGUUGGAGCACAGAAGAUCCUGUUGGCGGGUGGGGCCCAGGCCGUUGCGGCUAUGUCAUACGGCACCGCCUCAGUCCCAAAAGUGGACAAAAUUUGCGGCCCAGGCAAUCAGUUUGUAACUGCUGCCAAAAUGUUUGUCCAGAACGACGCCAAUGCGGCAGUGAGCAUAGACAUGCCUGCGGGUCCUUCCGAGGUGAUGGUCAUCUGCGACGCCAACGCCGAUGCCGAAUUCGUCGCCAUUGACUUGCUAUCCCAAGCCGAGCACGGCGUGGACAGCCAGGUGAUCCUGGUUGCUGUGGACAUGACCGAUGCGCAAGUCAGCGCCAUAGACGCUCAUCUGGAACGUCUCACGUGCCUGUUACCGCGUGAGGACAUUAUCCGCGUGGCCCUAUCCAAGAGCCUGACCCUUCGGGUCGACACCUUGGCCGACGCUAUGGCGUUCAGCAACCAGUACGCACCCGAGCAUUUGAUUGUCAACAUCGUAGACUACAACCGUGUCGUGCCCAUGGUGCAGUGUGCCGGAUCGGUGUUCCUAGGCCCAUACUCGCCCGAGAGUUGCGGAGACUAUGCGUCUGGCACUAACCACACGCUGCCCACGUACGGCUACGCACGCAUGUACAGCGGUGUGAGCACUUCCACCUUCCAGAACUAUAUCACAAUGCAGGAAUUGAAUGAAGAGGGUCUGAUGGGCAUUGGUCCUGCGGUAGCGACCCUUGCAGCACUCGAGAAACUGGACGCACAUCGCAAUGCGGUGGUAAUUCGCAUGAACAGGAUUAAAGGCGCACAGUAAGGGUACAAAUACGUAAAUAAAGUCAUCUGACAACUCAGCUGACACAGAGAAGGCUUUGCAUGUGGCUAAC